UUAUCAAGGAACUCAAAUAUGCUCACACCGUCCAAGUACCAUAAACUAGAUUUCGAUCUCUUCUCUUUUACAUUCAUCAUUGUUUGAAAUAUUUAAAAAAAAUGAAAUUUACUUAUUUCUUUGCAAAAUAUCAAUUACAAGAUGAUUAAGAUAUGUAACGAAAUAUCAAUUUGUUAUAUGAAAAAUAUUUUGUUAACAUUUUCUAUGGAGCAAUAUCCGUUUAUAACAGCACUCGAACCAAAUUACGACUCAGGCAUGCUCUUAGUUUGAUUUUUAAAAAAUAUAUUUACUUCUUUAAGAAACAAUUUCUUUCAAAACCUGUCUCUAAUUUAUAAUAUAUCUUUAAUUAAGAAGAAAAACAAAAAAUUACACUAUUUUACUAUAAAUAAAUAACAUCGAAUCUUAGAGACGUCGGUGGUAAUCUGUUGAGGUCUUUAUUUUCUGAUUUCUCUCCUAAUAACAGAAAUGAAGACCUGAUUUUUAUUAAUUAAUUCUGUCAGAUAUAAAAGUAUUCGUGUGAGUGAAGAAAAACAAAUAAAAGAUAUGGAAAAAGAGAAAAUUCCCGGAUCCAGAUUAAUAUUUUCGUCCGUUUUAGAACCGAAGGAUGAUCUCGAAGAGAAGUGUGAAAGAUUCUAUGCAGUGUUGACCAGUAUCACAAAUGGACUCUCAGAAAGAGAAUGCAAUGAUGCAUUAAAUGCCCAUGUGGGGAAAGGCCCAAACCAACAUGAAGAAAUCCAGCUGGGCCAGUUAUAUGCCAUACUUGUUGAACCUAAAAUGGCAGCUAAGAUGUACCGUGACAUGACAUUAGUCAGCAGGGAUGGAAUGGUGCUUGUCCAAGGUUUCCUUAGUAAAAUCAUUCAUGACAAAUGGCUAAAAAUACUUCAACCGGUUAAAGUACAGAUUUUAUGGCUGAUGAGGGAGUUUGUGAAGAAUGCAGUUGUUGGAUCUGAUGGCACAUGUUUCGCAUUAAUUCGGCAGAUAGCUGGUGGAGAUGUUAGUCCCAAAAAUUUGUGGCUUGCUGAACAGAUGUUAGACUUACUCUCUGAAAAUCGAGCUUGGUUAGAGAGAUUCCCCACUCUGAUGGCUGCCAGUGUGUAUACCUAUCUUCGUAUCAUCAUUGAUCAUGGUAAUCCAGCUUAUGCUAAUCUCAGGAAUCGAGAAGUGGAAUUCUGUGUCAGUUUAUUGCGUGAUAAGUUUAUUGACUGUGUUAAUAUAAUAGGACGUGAUUUGGCCAGGGUGUUGCAGAAUGUGGCCAGAAUCCCUGAAUUUGAAAAGUUGUGGCGUGAUAUAAUGUACAACCCAACUUCAUUAAAUCCCAAUUUUACAGGUAUUGUACAGUUGUUGCAAGCUCGAUCCUCCAGACGUUUGCUAAUGAGUCGUCUCACUCCUGACAUGGAAAACAAAUUGAUGUUUUUAACAACCAAGGUGAAAUUUGGGCAACAUAAACGUUAUCAAGAUUGGUUCCAAAGACAGUAUCUUUCCACACCUGAAAGCCAGUCUUUACGCUGUGAUUUGAUACGAUAUAUUUGUGCUGUGUUUCAUCCGACCAAUGAGCUCCUUUGUUCAGAGAUUAUACCUCGCUGGGCUGUGAUUGGUUGGCUACUCACAACAUGCACAUCGAAUGUCGCAGCUUCAAAUGUGAAAUUGAGUCUCUUUUAUGACUGGCUGUUAUUUGACCCUGACAAAGAUAGCAUUAUGAAUAUUGAGCCAGCAAUUCUUGUCAUGUACCAUUCCAUGCGGCCACACCCUGUUAUCACAGCAACCCUUUUAGAUUUUAUGUGUCGGGUGAUGCCCAAUUUUUGUCCUUCUCUCUCAGUACAAGUACGACAAGGAAUAUACACUUCUUUGCGAUCAAUUCUUGAGAAACGUGUUCUCCAGUCUUUAUCUCCUUUAUUUGAUAAUCCCAAAUUGGAUAAAGAACUCCGAGCUUUAAUUAGAGAGAAUUUCAUUGAAUUUUGUUCUCCCGAUAUUGUCAAAGAAGAAGCUUCUGUGAAUAAAGACCUCACUGCUGAUGUUGGUGAAUCUGGGAACCAUAUUGUGGAGAUGAGCAGCUUGUCUGAUGGAGUGUUUAGUGAUGAUGAAGAUGAUAUUCCAUUAGGGAAGCUGGUUGGUGACACCAAAAUAAAGCCUUUCAGAAACGGCCCCCGAUUCCAGCCGAUUGAUAUCACUGAACACAUCCAGCUUCUUCAGCAUGAACUGCGACAGUUGACCAUUGAGCUACAGAAUGAAACGGAUCAGGAAGUCCAGUGUGAAAUCAUUGACAAAAUGGUACAACAUAUUCUCCGUGAUGAAGAUUUUGACCAAGACAUGGCAUCUACACUUGCUAUAUGCUUGUGUCAAAUCCUUGGCCAUUUAUUUAUGAGUAAUUUAUUUCCACAGGAAGUAGAUGAAGAGUCCAUUGAAGAUUCUAUAGGAACACCACUAUUUGUGAUAUUUAGAAACUUCUGUUCUACUGCUGAAGAGGAUCCUAUUCGACAGCCAUUAUUGUUCCUGAUGGAUGAAAUGUACCAGAAACAGCCCCAUAUAGGUUAUCACAUGCUCUAUUUCCUAAAAGUAAGUAAAGUCAAUGAUGACAAAAUGUCCAGUUAUCGUGAUUUCUGUAAGAGUUUAGAUGGAAAAGAUUUGGAAUCCUGCCUAAUGAAUGAUUUACGGAUCUGUCAAGAAGACGAUGUGAGGUUAUUUACAUAUCUGUUACCUGACAUUUAUACACAUUUCCCAAACAUUGUCAUUGGUAAUACAGAACUGCUGCAGAUGAUAGUUUCUUGUAUAGAUGCUGUUCAGUUGCAGGAUCUCAUUUGUCAAAUUCUCCAAGGUCACUUGAUUAUGUUCCGCAAAGAUUCCUUCCUCUACGUCCUCAAUGCCAGUUUGGAAUGGGAAACCAUUGAACAAUAUUUCCUGUGGCAGCUAAUCACAGCUCAUAGUAUACCUGUUGAACAUAUCAUGCCGGUAUUACCAAAGCUGGAAUUUUGCACUCAUUCAGAAGCACUUGCCAGUAUCAUGAUAUUGCUGAAACAGGAAUGCCCAACUGCCGAGUUAUUGCGACCAUUAAUGUGCCGAGAAUACAAGAAGCAGGAUUUGUUUACGGUGUCUGUUAUCAAGAAUUGGGCUCAUGAAUAUGAGGACCGACUGGCAGAAUUGCUUUACAACCUUCUUGCUAAAUCAAACAGUACACCAAAGAAGCGGCAGAGAAAUAAUUCUGCCAAGCGCGAUAACAUGCCAACACCAGAUCAAGUCCUUGCUCAUUUGGACCAUAUGAGGGUGGUGUGUCGAAACGUGUCUUUUUUGAACCAUGAAAGUAUGCAGCAUGCCUUACAGCAAGUACAAAUGACAGCGUCUGAGGUACAAAAAACAAAAUACAGUGACUUACUGGCCCUGGCAGAAGACUUUGAUGACAUGAAGACCACUCGUGUACUUAGAGGACGGAGAACCCGUGACAAUUCCUCCACUAAAGUGAUCAAAGUGAAAAAAGAGGAGACAGAAAGUGAAGCCAGCACUAGUGAGGAGGAAGAUGUGAAACCGAAGCCGAAGAAACGGAAGAAAGGAUCAGCCACAACAACAGCAACAACAACAGCAUCAUCAUCAUCAGCAACAUCAGCUGCCAUUGAUGAGGACAGUGAUUGAAUUGUUGGACAAACAGACAGCCCGCCUGUGUUCUAUUUUUAUCUCACAAUUCGUGUGUAUGUGUGUAUAUAUAUAUAUAUAUAUAUAUAUAUAUAUAAAAUCUAAUAUUUACAUGAUAGAUCUGUGAAUAUAUAUAUAUAUAUAUAUAUAUGUGCAGGUAUGGGU